UUGGAAGAUACAUUGUCGGAUAAUGGCGGAUCUUACUCUCAGAAUCAUGCAACGCCUCUGGCCAACACGGAACCGGACGAGUUUACCGCCAUAGCUCGCAAACAGCAUCGCAUUUUGCCCCUGAUCUUGUACUUGCUAUUCGGGAUCAUUCUUGUAUCGGCGGCGCCGUGCAAGCCCCAAUCCACGAAUCAUCUUGCGGCGAACAUGAACGGAGACAGUGGCGGGCAGUCACACAUGUAUCCUCAGAAAUUUGCGCUUGCAGCCGCGCUUGCGAGCGGUUCAACCUCGCCCACGCGCUUCGCCUACGUGGGCGCGGUUGAUGACCGCCGGAUUCUCGAUUGCCCGUGAAUUGCUUCCAUUCACCCUGGUGUUGGCGAGGCGAGCCCAGCCAAAGCAACUGUAGCUGACGAGGCCAUGAUGAAUGUCAGAGUCAUGCACGAGCCGCCAGCGCCAGCACCAUGAGAUUCUUCACGUCCUCCGGCGGCGGUCGGGGACCGCCAAGAUCUCGAUCGUUGCAACCAAAAUACUUCCGCAUGCCCCUAUCCGUGUGGCGCUCGAUGCUUCCGGUCGUAGGGCGAAUGCUGGCGGCCAUCUCGUCAAAAACAGCGGCAGGCGGAGAAACGACAGUCGCCGAUAUCGUCGAGGGAUUCUAGGGAGGGUCUGCCGUCACCUUGACGGGAGCACGAGAGCGAGGGAUCUGCGCGUGGGGAGAAUGCAGGCCAGCAAACGCAAAUUACGAACUAAUUUCGUUCAGAACCCCGCCUCCGCCCUCGAAUCUCGACGUGCGUCGGCGUUCCUCGGCUACGCCAGGUAUAUAAGACCUUUGGGCAGCGCCGUCCUCUCCUCAUCUCUCACUCUCCCUCCUUGACAUUGCAACUCCCCCAGAUCCGUCCCUCGUUCAGCUCGCAAAACAACUUCACUCGUUUGCUAUGGCUUAUGCCCCGUACCAGCUCAGGCUGCCCACCUACCGCGGCUCAUGGCAGCGUCGCUACCACCCGUACCCGCGGUACCACCCUUCGGUUCGCGAGCAGGUGGACCCACUCAUGCAAACGGUCGAUUACCGGUAUUCGCAACCGCCGCCACGCCCUCCUCCCCGACCAUUAUUCAUCCUAGUUUUGGCCCCGAUUGACGAGGUCGACGAAACCAUCGACAACCUCGAAGAGGUAGUCCGCCCCGAAAACGCCGCGCGAAGGGACAGCACGCUCAAACGGCGCCCCAGUCUGACUGGGCUCGUAGUCGAUCUGGCUAUCCGUCUCGUGCUGUGGCGCCGUCGCCGUAUCACCGUCGUCCAGAAUGCUGGACCGGACGCCAAAAUCGACUUGCUGGAGUGAAGAGCGCCUCCCAUGUUCGUCCAUUACUUAUUGCGCGUCCGCUCCAUACUGGCUGUGGUUCUGUAGAAUAAUUUUGGCAUUAUCCUUUCAUCAUAAUUCUUGAGGUCGUCAUUCUUUGAUUCCGCUUCACACUGUGUCCUAAUGCUCGCUUCGCUCUUGAAGAACCUCGCUCCUUUCAUGUACAUAUAGAGUGCUUUGCUUUAGUCUCGCAGCAAAAAAGCGUUCCAGUUGCUUGGAACCAGGAAUACAUAUGUUGGUUCCACCGCGAGCAGACGGCUGCAAUGCG